ACCUGGAUGUAAGCAUGGAGAAUGUGUUGGUCCAAACAAAUGCAAAUGUCAUCCAGGAUACACUGGGAAAAUUGCAACCAAGAUCUCAAUGAAUGUGGAUUGAAACCAAGGCCUUGCAAACAUCGAUGUAUGAAUACCUAUGGAAGCUACAAAUGUUAUUGUCUGAAUGGAUACAUGCUUAUGCCUGAUGGAUCAUGCUCUAAUGCUCUCACGUGUUCAAUGGCAAACUGUCAGUAUGGCUGUGAUGUGGUUAAGGGGGAAAUACACUGUCGUUGUCCUUCACCAGGAUUACAGCUGGCACCAGAUGGCAGAACCUGCAUGGAUGUGGAUGAAUGCAUCACUGGGAGCGUUACCUGUCCCCGAUUCAGGAAAUGCGUCAACACUUUUGGAAGUUAUAUUUGCAAGUGUCAUAAAGGCUUUGAUUUGAUGUACAUUGGAGGCCGAUACCAAUGCCAUGACAUAGAUGAAUGCUCUCUUGGCCAAUAUCAGUGUGGACGUUAUUCCCAGUGUUACAAUACACUUGGGUCUUACAAAUGUAAAUGCAAAGAAGAGUACAGAGGUGAUGGAUUAAACUGCAUAAGGAUUCCUAAAGUUAUGAUUGAUCCAUCUAACCCAUAUAGUGUAUUUAAAAGCAACUCAACUUUUCUGAAAGGAAGCAGUGGCAUGACCAACAGAAUACCUGAGUCUGGUGGUACAAAAUAUCCUAUCAAAUUGCCAUAUAUACCAUAUGUAAUUACACCAAAGCCUUAUGUGAAGACAACAGCAAGACCAACUGUGAAACCAACAUACAAACCAUAUACUAGAUUGGCAACACAACCGGCCACAACAAGAACAACUUUCAGGCCAGUGACAAGAUUUCCACCAGUGACAAGUCCUCCCCAACCACCCACAGUUCCAUUUAAGCCUGUAACAACAACAAUGCCAAUAAUAGUAACUGAAGAGCCUCUGCCUUUUCCUAGUGAAACUACACCACAGCCAGGAAUUACGGUUGACAAUAGGAUCCCAGUUGAGCCACAGAAACCCCGAGGAGAUGUAUUUAUUCCCCGCCAGCCUGGAGUGAACAAUAAUCUCUUAGAAACAUUUGAAAUUGAACAAGGGAUAAGUGCCAAUGAGGAUGAAGCAAACGAUGAUCCAGGUGUUCUGAUUCAUAGUUGCAACUUUGAUGGUGGUUUGUGUAGAUGGAUCAAGGAAAGAAAAGAUGAUUUACAUUGGGAACCUGUUAAAGACUCCUCAGGUGGACAAUAUUUAUCUAUUUCUCAACCGAAAGGGAAGGCAGGUCGAUUUGCCCGCUUGGUUCUCCCACUUGGCCAUUUAGCUCGCUCCGAAGAUCUGUGCUUAUCCUUUAGGCAUAAAGUAUCUGGGUUACACUCCGGUUUGCUUCAGGUCUUUCUAAGAAAGACUGGUAUUCAUGGGCCAGCAAUUUGGGGAAGGAACAGAGGCCAUGAUUGGAGUCAAACGCAUAUAACAUUGAAAGGACCUGGCAUCAAAAGUGUUAUUUUUAAAGGAGAAAAAGGAAAAGGAAGAACUGGGGAAAUUGGGCUGGAUGAUAUAAGUUUGAGAAAAGGCCGAUGUUCUCGGGUCCAUUAGUAGUACAGAUGGCCGAAGAGAACAGACUUUCGUUGUCCAUAACUAUUAUUUGAGACAUGUGGAUGAUUGAUAACUUCUCCUUUGUCUUUGUGAAAUCACAGUGGAUCUCCAGAUAAAUAAUUCAAAUUUUCUGUAAUAGUAAAAAAAGUUUAAACAGAUGUUGAAGAGGCCAUUAACAUUGUCUGUGCUUUAAGAGGUUCUGAAUGGAGGAUAAAUACAUGUCCUUUAUGAAGAAAAGACUGCCUAAACGUCAUCAAAAAGAGUCAACAAUUGAAUUCAUGUCUUCUUUGUGUUUUCCGUUGGCUGAUUAUGGCUCAUUUUGUGUCACAAGCUAAAGAUGCAGCUGUUAUUGUACUGCAUCAGUUUUUAAAGAAGAGUGUUUUGUGUGUCUCUGUGUGUAUAAUAACAUUUAUCCCAUUAUCUUAUUACAAAAGACAGUUAAAGAGUAGCACUGCAACCUUUAAUGUGGGUAGUGCUGUGUUCUGUAUAAAUAUGUAUUAUGAUUAUUAAUGUAUUUAUAUAUGUUGUAUAUUUGCAAACUCUAGUUAUAAGAUGAAAUAGUAUUUGCGCAUGUUACAGUUAAACCAGCAAAACAGGCUGGUCGUCCAAUAUAUAGGAUCCAGCAAUUGUCCUGCCUUUCAAAACUAAAAUAGUAGAAUAUUUUGCAUAAUUGCAAAAAACUGUAUAAUGUAAGUAUUACCAGAUUCAGGAGAAUUAGACUCAGCAGUCCUUUUCUGAAAAGA